AUGAAGGUUGAACAGCACAACAGUGAUUUGUCAAGUGCGAUACCCACCCUGAAUUCACAUCUGGGAAUAGUGGAGAGAGCAGCGCAAGACGAGGAAUCAUCAGGACUAGAGAAUUACAGAUACAAACACAUGACGCAUAUAGCCCCAGAAAGUAGAUUGUUGGCUAAACAAGGACUCAAGUUAAAGGUAAAUGUUUGUACUUGAUAGUCAAACUGUAAACAUCUGAUUAUGUCGGUAAUUAAUUUGUUUGUUUAGAACUGAAAUCAGUUUGGAAUAAUUCUCAUAGGGGGCGUCUAUUGGACAGCGGGCAUUUAUUAGAGAAGGGUGUCUAUUACAAUUUUAACAGCGUUGAUGGGGCUUUUUUUAGAUAAGAGGCGUUUAUUUGGAAGUGGGCGUUUAUUAGAUCAUUUACGGUAAUACAGUAAAUGUUUUGAAAUUGCCUAUACAGAGCAACUUGAAAUCUUAAUGCCAGCCCUGCGAAAUUGUUGAUACUGACCGAUGACUUAUUACAUUAAAAGACUGAUUCAAUCUUUCAAUACUCGCAAACUCUAAGACUGAUUUUUGUGAAUAGGUUAGCUGCAAUUUUUAGUCAUUAAAAAAGCCAGCGAUGUGAAAAUACGCGCCAAAAUGCUACCGUGGCCGUUGAAAGCAAUUGGGCUAGUUCGCGAAGCCGUGCGGACGCAUCUUUAAGUUACUAAAUUAGUUUAGCCGCACUUCUUCGCAGCCCUUAUUUGUUAUAAUAUUGUGAUGUCGAGGUGGCCUCUCUUUAUAAGCCUGGUGGUUUCUUGAGGUCUCCUCGCCUAACAACCUGCUGUAUCCUGUUAAAUUUGCUGUAAAAAAAAGGCUAAUAAAUGAUGAUGAUGAUGAUGAUGAUGAUAAUGAUGAUGAUGAAGCGCCGUGGUUAUACCUGUAUAACGGGUGUUACGCUACACGGGGAUUUCACCGCUCGCCUGAGCUUCAGCAGAACCCUAUUUGCUAUAGGAAAUUUUUGAACUAGUGAUCAUCUAACGCUAAUGAUCUUGUGAUUAAGGUUGUAUUUUUCUUGUUGCUAGGUUUUUGAAAAUGGCUUCUCUGAAGGCUAUGUUGUUCUCCACUUCAACUUACACGAGGCCGAAAAAGGGAUUCAAGGCGAUAAAUCACAACUGAUGCAUCGAUUUCUUGAUGCCUGCACAAGCUGUUCAAAGGUGUCAGAGAGUGGAGGUGGCCCAGCUGGAAGGAGAAUUGCUAACAGAGUGUUUACAAGGGAUGGCGAGGAGAUCACCAACGUACAUGACCUGGUUUAUGAUCAGGAAAUAUGGUUGUCGUAUGGAGAGGACUUUAAACCACCUCAUGGUGAGGGUUUACGGUCAUCUCGCCACCAACAAAAUCGCCACUAAGAAGUCGACUCACCACCAACGAAAAACUCGGAAAUAACUGACACAGUUUAAUGCAAAGCCUAGGAUUACCUACUUAAGAUUUACUUUUCGUCAAGCUUAUUCUAAUUGGAUCUCGAUUCAGAUACAAAUAUGUCGACGUUCUUUGGGUUGAACUUCUUAUGCUCUAUAAUACUCCAAAUACAGGGAAUAGGUUCAGUCUGAGUGAAUGUAAACUUUGACAUUUGAGAGAUAAAGAAGUUUCAUAACCACCAGUCAUUUCUUUGAAAUAAUGAUAAAAAUAAAGUAACAGUUAAGAGAAAAUUUCUGUUCGUGAAAGUUUUUUCAUUAUUUUGUUGCAUUAUACAAUAAAACUCUGCUCUAUUCUUGGUGGCGAUUUUGUUGGUAGCAAGAUGAUUUGGUGGCGAGCUGACCAGAUACCAUGGUAAGCGUAUUUAAUGAUACUGAAAUAUUAAAGGAGCUGUGUCACGAACUUCAUCGAAAUUCAGACAGUGGAAACUGCCGCCAAAUUGUGUGAAACCGUAAAAAAACUACCCCUCAAAACAUUAAAAAGAAGGUAUAAAUAACACAAAAAAUACAAAAGAAGGCACGGAUGGACAAACUUGGAGAAGAUUAAAACGGAUUGCAACUGCGGUUUUUGCAAACUUGUUAGCCUAACCAGUUUUUCAAAGUUACUUUUGAUGUCUGUAAUGUUUGAUAUACAUGAAAUGCUUGGGACAAGAGGGAGCUGUGAUUUUGAAAUUAUUUACCAAUAAUUUCGUCACUGAUGUCAAGUUCUGUCGCGAACAAGGACAUGAAAGUGGCAAUAAAAGCAAAACUAGACAGCCGUCACACAAUACUCAAUCAAGCACUCAAUUACGCGUCUUUUAAAAUAAUCAGGUAAUGGCAGUAAUCAGGUAGACUGAUUACUGCCACAUCAGUCAUUUUAACAACAGCAAGUAUGUCAUUCAUAGUACAAUUAUACACUUGAGCUCAAGGUAGAUUUUAUUCAUCAGAAAAAGAGAAUCUUUGGCUUUAACUUUUUCAAAUUUUUAACGAUGAUUAUAGUGUUUGAGGCUACGUUUACACUCGAGAAGAUUUUCCGGAUUCGUGAUCAAUCCGGAUAACUUUGGAACCAGAUUAGUUUGCCCUCUGCUCGAAGAAUACUUUGUAUCCAAGUGAAUGUUCUCGGAUAAGCUAAUAUGUGUAAACGCCUGCGACGCGGACUACAUAAAUCUGGAAAUAUUUAUGAAUCCAGAGGAAUCUCUCCCAGUGCGAACAUUUGUCAGAACUGGCUGGUCAGACCAGUUUAGACGGGAGGAGAAAUCCACUAUUAUCAAGGACCAUCCAGCCAUAUCAGUUUAUUCUUAAAUAGUGUGCACGGCAGUGAUGGGUUGGCAGUGAUGGACUACUGGAAAGCGCUCCAAGUUUAUUUAUGUUUUCUGUUUUGCAGUUGUUGUUCUCGAGCUGUGCCUGGAUAAAGCCACGUGCAUGUCCCUUUGGGGUGAAAAGGAGAUGGUUCAAAGAGAGAGUUUUGAUGAUGAAGGCAGAGGCAAAGAAAAGUCUUCUCUGUGGAGAGCCGUGAAUGGUUUUCCAUCAGGCUGCAAACGGCAUCAUGUGAAUUUGCUCAACCCAGGAAGUGAGCUGUCCCAAGCCCGGAGUCUCCAGGUGGCUGAAUACUUCAAAACUUUAUAG